AUGUUUUUUCUUAUCAGUUUUGCAUGGCUCGUAACUGCUAGUUUUGCUUUUGUUCUGGCUAUUUUAACUCCGAAUUGGUUAUCAUUUACGAGGUCAGAUGGAAAUAUUACAGAACGUGGAGUGUUUUAUAUAUGUGAUUCGCUUCCAAAUUAUAAUGAUUAUAAGGUAACAAGAUGUUUAUCAAUGAUCGAACAGAAAUCAUCAACGGAACCAAAUAAAUGGAUCUACGAAUUUGCUAUUGCAUGCGCAUCAUUGGCUAUUGCUUGUGCUGGACUUAGUAUCAUUGCUUUAUGGUUAUCGGGAAUUUAUUUUUAUGUACGUCGACGAACUAGACAAACAUUUUGUUUUCUUUGGUGUAUUAUUUUUCUAAUUUUAAUUAUCUUUUGUUCUUCAUUUGUUGUUUGGAUUUUACUUAUCUCAGAAGCUAUUAAACUUGGCAUUUCAAUUGAUCGUCGUAUAUUUCGUUGGCCAAUGUGGUUAGCAAUUGGCGCAACGGGUAGUUAUUUAGUAUCAUUGAUAACAAUGAUUUUUUCAUUUUGUGCGAUAAAUCGACGGAAAAAUAAAAUAGAACAAAAUUACUAUCGUCCAAGAAAUCAAUUUUAA